GUCUUUUAUGCUCACUUCAAACAGCCAUGUCACUUUGUUGCCAAAACCAUAUGAAGCAAAUGUGCACCUUCAUCCUGCUGUACUUAAAGAAGGUGGUAGCUCCAUAUAGUGCCUGAAGCUUCUGAAUGGUACUUGCAAAGGGGAACGUGUAAACUAAACUCUAGGAAGCUAAAAAAAAUCACCAUGAAGCUAUAUGUAUUCCUUGUCAACACUGGAACAACCCUUACAUUUGACACCGAACUUGCAGUACAGAAUGUGUCCGACCUUAAACAUGCAAUCCAAACAAAAUAUAAGAUUGCUAUUCAGCACCAGGUACUGGUUGUCAAUGGAGGGGAAUGUAUGGCACCAGACAGAAGAGUCUGUAGUUACAGUGCUGGAACAGACACAAACCCAAUUUUUCUAUUCAACAAAGAGAUGAUCUUAUGUGAACGUCCACCUGCUAUUCCCAAAACUACGUUUUCGGCAGAGAAUGAGAUGGAAUUAAAGGUUGAAGAAUCUCUUAUGAUGCCUGCAGUUUUUCACACAGUAGCAUCACGGACACAGCUUGCUGUGGAAAUGUAUGAGGUUGCCAAGAAGCUUUGCUCCUUUUGUGAAGGUCUUGUCCAUGAUGAACAUCUUCAGCAUCAAGGCUGGGCUGCCAUAAUGGCCAAUUUGGAAGAUUGCACACAUUCUUACCAAAAGCUGCUUUUCAAGUUUGAAAAUGUAUACUCAAGCUACCUGCAAUCUAUAGAUGAUAUUAAGCUGAAACUCACACACUUGGGGACGGCUGUUUCUGUCAUGGCCAAGAUCCCGCUGCUGGAGUGCCUAACCAGACAUAGUUACAGAGAGUGUUUAGGAAGAUUGGAAUCUUCUACUGACCGUGGAGGAGAAGAAAGUGAAGGAACUGAGGAUGAAAAGUCUGCAGAACUAGUUCUUUUUUCUGAUAUUCCUAGAAUGAACAGUAAAUCAGUGGUAGCCUCAUUUUGCAGGUCAGUGGAGCAUUCAGCCCUGGACAGCGCAGCUCCUGAAAAUAUCACGGACAAUAAAGAAUCCAGUCAAAACACUACUAUUCAGGACAAUGAAACUUCAAUGGAAUUGAAGGAGAAUGAUCAACCUUCCUUCAAUGUAUCUCUGUUAGACUGGAUAAAUGUUCAGGAUAGGCCUAAUGAUGUGGAAUCACUGGUCAGGAAAUGUUUUGAUUCUAUGAGCAGGCUUGAUCCAAGGAUCAUUCAGCCCUUCUUGGCAGAAUGUCGACAGACUAUUGCCAAACUAGAUAAUCAGAACAUGAAGGCUAUUAAAGGCCUGGAGGACAGGCUGUAUGCGCUAGACCAGAUGAUAGCUAGCUGCAGCAGACUGGUAAACGAACAAAAAGAACUUGCUCAGGGAUUUUUGGCUAACCAGAAGAGAGCUGAGAACUUAAAAGAUCCUUCUGUGCUACCUGACUUAUGUUUGAGUCAUGCAAAUCAGCUGAUGAUUAUGUUAACUAAUCACAGGAAACUCUUAGAUAUUAAGCAAAAAUGUACCACUGCCAAACAAGAACUUGCAAAUAAUCUACAAGUCAGACUGAAGUGGUGUUGCUUUGUAAUGCUUCACGCUGACCAAGAUGGGGAGAAACUGCAAGCCUUGCUUCGCCUUGUGACAGAAUUACUAGAAAGGGUCAAGGUGGUUGAGGCUCUCAGUACUGUUCCUCAAAUGUACUGUCUAGCUGUGGUUGAGGUUGUGAGGAGAAAAAUGUUCAUAAAACACUACAGGGAGUGGGCUGGUGCUUUAAUAAAAGAUGGGAAACAUCUGUAUGAAGCUGAAAAGGCAAAAAGGGAGUCUUUUGGCAAAUUGUUUAGGAAAUCUUUUUUAAGGAAUCGUUUGUUUAGGGGACUUGAUUCCUGGCCUCCAUCCUUUUGUACACACAAGCCUCGCAGAUUUGAUAGUGAGCUUCCAGAUAUCUCAUUAAAUGACUUGCAGUUUCUGCAGUCUUUUUGUCCUUCAGAAGUACAACCAUUACUCAGGGUUCCUAUACUUUGUGACUUUGAACCUCUUCACCAGCAUGUACGUGCGCUACAUAACCUGGUGAAAGCAGCCCAGAGUUUGGAUGAAAUGUCGCAGACCAUUACAGAUCUACUGAACGAGCAAAAGGCCUCCAACAGUCAAACAUCGCCACAGUCUGCCACCACACCAAGGACGGAAAGUACAACAGGAACCGCAAUUGCUACCUCUUCUAGAACACCUCCAUCAUUCAGUCUUCAGGGUCCUCUGUGUCCUCCUGUGUGUCCCCCUGCUCCAUUAGAGGAACUGUCUCCGGAUAGUAUUGAUGCUCAUACAUUUGAUUUUGAAACGAUUGGCCAUCCAAGCUUAGAACAAGCCCUUAAGCAAGGCUCUUUAGAUUUGGAUUCACUAGCAGAAAGUCCAGAAUCGGAUUUUAUGUCAGCAGUGAAUGAAUUUGUAAUAGAGGAAAAUCCAGUAUCCCCUAAUAUAAUAAGUGAUCCACAAAGUCCAGAAAUGAUGGUAGAGUCCCUCUAUUCUUCGGUUAUCAAUGCAAUAGACAGCAGACGCAUGCAAGACACAAAUGUUUGUGCAAAAGGAGGUUUAGUGGAAAACGCUUCUCUAAAUAUUUGUAUGGAGAAAUGUAGAGUUAUUGCCCAGGAAUCACAAACAAACUUAAAGAACAUAAAAGAAGACCUUUGCCACUUUAGAGUACUUGUACAAAAAGAACAAUGUGACUUUUCUAAUUCUUUAAAAUGUACGUCAGUAGAAAUAAGAAAUGUUAUUGAAAAAGUAAAACUUUCACUUGAGAAAACACUAACUGAUAAACAUCAAAAAGAAUUGCAGUCUCUGAAAAGUGAAUAUGAAACUAAAAUUAAUAAAUUACUGGAAGAUGGUGAGGAAAACAAAAAAAAGAUUAAAAAAUUAAAAGAAGACUUAGCAGGCCUUGAAGAAGUUCUGCAAAAUAAAGAUCAUGAAUUUGCAGUGGUGAAGAAUGAAAAAGAAUGUGUUGUUCACCUACAAAAUGAGAAAGAUCAGAAGAUGCUUGAAUUAGAAUGUCAGAUGAAGAAUCAAAAUUAUGAACUUAAGGAACUCAGACAUUCACGUGAGAUUGUACUGGAAGAUAUGAAAAAGCUUCAUCUUGAAAAUGAUGAAAAAAUACAAAUUUUGAAGACGGAGUUUCAGUGUCUUGAACAAAGUCACCUAAAAGAAUUGGAAAACAAUUUACAGAUCAGGCAUACCCAGGAAUUUGAAAGGAUAGUAGCUGAGCACAAAGAUUGCUUAGAUGAGUUAAAAAAAGAAAACUUGCACAGACUUGAACAAAUGCAGGAAUCUCAUGCUGCAGUUGUGCAAGAGAAGGAAAAACAGGUAGAAGAGUUAAAACUCAAAGUUUCUGAUCUGUCUGAUUUGAGGUGCAAAUUAGAAGUUGAACUUGCGCUGAAGGAAGCAGAAACAGAUGAAAUGAAGGUGAUGUUAGAAGAAAGCAGAAUCCAGCAACAGGAGACCAUAAAGUCUCUUAUUGAUAAAGAAACUGAAAGCUUAAGAAAAGAGAUAGAUGCAUUAAAUCUCAAGUUACAAAUAAAUAAUGAUGAAUAUCAUGUGAGCUUAGCAGAGCUGAGAACUUUAAUGACAAUUGAGAAAGAUCAUUGUAUUUCAGAAUUAGUGAACAGGCAUGAAGAAGAAUCAAAUUUGCUUAGAACUGAAUUAAGCAAAAUAACCUCUUUACAUCAGGAAGCUUUUGAAGAAGAAAAAAGACUCAAAGAACAAAUAAUAGAACUGCAAAGUAAGUUAGAAACUGAAGUGAAUGCCCUAGAAAAGGAAAAGGAGAAAAAAAUGGUUCUGUGUGAACAACAGGAAAAAUAUGAGGCUGUUAUUCAUAAACUUGAGGAGGAGAAACUGCUGUUAAUAUCUAACCAAGAGGAUGAUAGAAAAUUGCUUAUUCAAAAGCUCAGUUGUGAAAAAGAGGAUGCGGUGCAAAUUGCCCAUAAAGAGUUUGAAUUGCAGAGGGAAGCUGUUGAAAAAGAGCUUUUGGAAAAAAUACAACAACUUGAGAUGCAAGUAAAUCUGAGUCCUCCUCUUGAAUUAUCUUCUGAAUCAAGAUUAGUUGCUAAACUUCAAGAAGAACUGAAAGAAGAGAAAAUGAAAUUUUUAGAGCAACUUGAAGAGCAAGAGAAAAGGAAGAAUGAAGAAAUGCAAAACAUUAGAACCUCUUUAACUGCAGAACAGCAGACCAAUUUUAACACAGUUCUGACCAGAGAAAAAAUGAAAAAGGAAAACAUAAUAAAUGAUCUUAGUGACAAGUUAAAAAUGCUAACCCAACAGCAAGAAAGGGAUAAAGAUUUGAUUGAAACACUUUCUGAAGAUCGGGCUCGUUUACUUGAAGAAAAGAAAAAACUUGAAGAAGAAGUUACUAAACUGAGAAGCAGUAACUUCAUUCCAUCAGCAUAUCUACCUGCAGGAUCAGAAACUUGUGGAGCCUGUGCAUCUGAUCUUACAUCUGAAACGGACAGAUUGGCUUCAGAGAUUAUAGCUGAAGGAAAGAUGGAUUCCACCAUGGAAACUAGUAUGAUGGCUGUGCAUGAAAACAUCCAUAUAUCUGAAGAAAAACAGAGGAUAAUGUUGCUAGAAAGAACAUUGCAGCUGAAAGAAGAGGAGAAUAAGCGGUUAAAUCAAAGAUUAUCAACAGGGCAUGACAGGGUUCAUUCCAGGAAGCUGAAGGAACUUGCUGGACACUGCAUUAUGUCCCAAAGCAUGUCAUCUGUUUCUUCAAGACAUUCUGAAAAAAUAGCUAUCAGAGAUUUUCAGGUUGGCGAUUUGGUUCUCAUAAUCUUGGAUGAACGCCAUGACAACUAUGUGUUGUUUACUGUUAGUCCAACCUUGUAUUUCUUACAUUCAGAAUCUCUUGCUGCUUUAGAUCUCAAACCAGGUGAGUGUGCUUCAGGUGCAUCUAGAAGACCUUGGGUGCUAGGAAAGGUAAUGGAAAAGGAGUAUUGCCAGGCAAAAAAGGCACAAAACAGAUUUAAAGUUCCUUUGGGUACAAAAUUCUACAGAGUGAAAGCAGUGCCAUGGAACAAGAAAGUAUAACCCAGUGGAAACUCAGUUCUUUGUCUCAUUCUUUUCAGACGUGUCCUUCAGUGCUCAUUCAUCACUACAAAUACCAUGCCAUCUUUUUUAUACUGAGGUCAUGUGACAAUAAACUUCACUGACGUACUACUUUUACUUUUUAACGGGUUACAUUUUAGAAACAAGAAUUUCAUCAAAAUACCUGGCCCUAACUGUUCCAAUUUUUUCACCCAGAUAACUUUAGUACUGUGGACCAAAUGAGUUCAUUUUCUCAAAGGGCAACCCUGUACAUCAUGGCUUAUUAUUAGCCAUGUUAAUUGCCUGUUAAAUAUACAUUAGCUCGUAUUUAGAUGUUCAAUGUUAGUUACCAUUAUUACCAGCAUAUGUCCCUUUGUGAAAUCAUUAUCAAAGUACUUGCACUCUUUAACAGAUUCUUUAUAAUAUGUAUAAAUUCAACUAUUUAAGAAGAGUGUUCAUUGCAUGCCGAUAAUCAUAUAAUUUUUCUUCAACAUGAGUUUGCCUCUGUAGAUGCAUAAAGAUAACUACUGCAAGUUGUUUCAUUACCUUAAAAUGCUCUUUAAUGUUAAAAAAAAAAAAAAAAAAAAAAAAGAAGAAGAAGAAGAAAACCUUGUAAUUUGAUGGGCUGAUACAGAAAUCAGUCAAGGUAAAUCUGCAAUCUUCAAAAGCACUUUCAAUGGAUUGAUCACACAGAUUCUGAAGGGAAGAACCCUUGUGCUGUUGGAUUUGAAUUGAAGCACUUGAAACUUCCCAACAAAACAGAAGUCUUGUAUUAAUCUAUUUAGAAAAAUCAUAUUGAUGAAAUUGUAUUUCAUGGUUGAGUUUCAGGAAAAAUCUCCAUUGUACAUUAACCAUACAAGAGUCAUUUAAGUAACAAAUUAUUGUAAUUGUAAAAGACGUAGAAUUUUAAAACAAUAAAGAUUUGAACCUGUAUAUGUUUGAAUAGUUUUGUGCACCCUCUAAAUGUCAGUUUUGUGCAAGUUAGAAAAGCAGUGAUCUGUCAGUUCUUAGUCUGCCAUAGAUUAUUACUCUUAUACAUUUACAUUGAUUAGAAAUUACAUUGUUUUCCCCAAACAUUGUGUAUUUUUCAGUAUAUAGACAGGUUCCUCCUGUAACUAGAAGUAAAACUGAAAUAAGUGUCAAUUCAUAUCGUGUCAGCAAACAAGCCAAACAGGCAGAUUUAUUCUUAUGAACUCCUAUGCUGAAGCAAUACCAUUGUUACACAAUUCUAAGAAAAAUGUGCCAAGUGUGGCAUUCUCAUUGUUCCCCUCAACCAGGUAUAUACCAAGAUAAUCAAAGGUAAUAUUUCAUUCCCAUUGAUCUACAUUAUUAUAUAAAA